GCUCCGUCGCGCGCCACAGUCGCCAGAGAACUCGAGGAGGUCGGUCAGUCAGUCAGUGAGGAGGAGAAAGCGCUGAGGCGAUAUCAUGCCUGCUGCUGCGCCACCGCCUCCUUUGCUGGGGGGAACCUGCAGCUGCCCUCAUUCCCACCAACCAGAACCUCGAGGAUAUUUUGGUCAUACUUUGAAUUGUAUAAGUUCAGGUAUAACUGAGAGAAGAUUACAAGGAACUUGUCCUCCAAUUGGCCGUGGAAGUUUUGGAAAGCCCUUCUUUGGUAGCAAUUGUUUCAUUUCCCCAUUUAUAAAUUCCCGGACUGGUUUCCAUACGAUUCAUUCUGAAAACAGCCCAGUAAAACCAAGGAUUGUGACUGUAGUGAAACCCUGUGGGCACACAGUCAGGAAGAUAACUUUACUACUAAAUCGGCGUUCUGUUCAGACAUUUGAACAGCUGGUUGCUGACAUCUCAGAAGCCCUGGGAUUUCCACGUUGGAAGAAUGACCGUGUGCGGAAACUAUACAAUUUGAAGGGAAGGGAAAUCCAAAGUGUUUCUGAUUUCUUUAGAGAAGGUGAUGCAUUUAUCGCUAUGGGAAAGGAACAGCUAACCCUGAAAAACCUUGAAGUGGUAAUGGAAGAACUUUUCCCUCAGAACCCUUAUGCUCCUGCUACGGAAACUACACAGAACUGGGAGCAACCUCAAAAACAAAAGAACAGGCUGUGUGAAAAGGCUUCUAAAGUAGAAAAAAACAUUGAGCCUGUAGUUUCCAAGACCUGCAUGGAUGCUGUAUCUCCUAAACGAAUUAACAGGCAUGAGGGGAAAGCUGAAAUCAAGGUCAGACAAGAGGAGAAGGUGAAAAACAAAAAGAAGUGGAUCAGAGAGAAUUGGAAUGGAGAGCAAGAAGUGAAAUGUUCUAGAAAAGGCAGAGAAGUUGAAAGACGUUUCAGUCAAGAGAAAUGUCCUGAAAGUGAAGCUGAAAUAAGUCCAGAAAUGAUUGUCAGAUGUGAGAAGUGCCAAAGAGAGGGUCAGCUCAGGCAAAAACUACAGAAGGAAAGACAAGUUGAUAUUCCCUUUGAGAGUAGAGAUUUGAACAUCAGAGCCUGCCAGAGGUACAAUGUAGAAAGGCCAUCAAAGCUGAGAAACUGCAGGAGACUGUCAGAAAACUCAGUGGAAGAAACUGAAAUUACUUGGCAUGAUGUUGGUUGUCAGAGUACCUGGGCAGCUUCACAAAGCCAUGUCAGUAAAAACAGUGACAAGCAGAAAAGGAGUCUUGACAGAGAGCAAACCCUGGAAAACCAUGACCAUCAUAAUGAAGACUUAGUAAUGAUAAUGAAGCCUAUUGAAAGUCAGCGCACCGUAGUUGGAGAUGCCUAUGAAUUAAAGAAAGAACACAGAAAAUGUUCUAGAACGCAUCAAAGCUGUUGGUUGAUCAAGGGAUCUCAAUUAGAUGUGGAGAAACAAUCAGCUGUUCAGGGAAAGAGGGAAGAAUUGCAAAAAUCAAAAGAGAAAACUCUUGGAGGAGGACAAGAGAAAGUGGCUCAUGGUGAGAAUGAACUGAUUAAGCAUGAAAAGGAGGAAGAGCCUAAAUUUAACAAAGAGGGAAAUAGGACACGCAGAGCCAGUGACACAAAACUGAAACAUGAUGUCUGUAGCAGAGCAGAUGUGGAGAAGUGCUAUAAAAUUGGCAGAACCAUUGGAGAUGGCAACUUUGCUGUUGUGAUGGAAUGUCACCACCGCAACACUAAUCAGAACUAUGCUAUGAAAAUAAUAGAUAAAUCCAAACUGAAAGGAAAGGAAGAUAUGCUAGACAAUGAAAUCUUGAUUAUCAAGAGUCUGUCUCACCCCAACAUAGUCAGCUUGAUUGAAGUAUUUGAAACGGAUGCAGAAAUCUAUCUGGUCUUGGAAUAUGUUCCUGGUGGGGACUUGUUUGAUGCCAUUAUAGAGAGUGUGAAAUUCACAGAAUGUGAUGCUGCUCUCAUGAUAACUGAUCUGUGCGAAGCUUUGGUUUAUAUUCACAACAAGAACAUCGUGCAUAGAGAUCUCAAGCCUGAAAAUCUUCUGGUUCAACGUAAUCCAGAUAAAACCACUACAUUGAAACUAGCAGAUUUUGGCCUUGCAAAACAAGUGACAAAACCAAUAUUCACUGUAUGUGGAACUCCAACAUAUGUUGCCCCUGAAAUACUGGCUGAGAAUGGCUAUGGACUAGAGGUGGACAUGUGGGCCACGGGCGUAAUACUCUACAUUUUACUGUGUGGCUUCCCUCCUUUCCGAAGUCAUGAACGCGACCAAGAGGAGCUGUUUCAAAUCAUACAGCUUGGACAUUACGAAUUUCUCUCACCAUACUGGGACAACAUUUCACCCGCUGCAAAAGAUCUGAUAAACAGACUCCUUGUGGUUGAUCCCAAAAAGCGAUACACUGCUCAGCAAGUUCUCCAGCAUCUGUGGAUCGACACAUCUGGAAAAAACAAUAGCAGAAACCUGCAAAAGGAAGUGACGAUCAAUCUCGAGCGCCAUUUUCGUAGCCAACGCAAGGGAGAAACUACCAAUGAAGACUCAGAAAGAGUGUGAUGAGAAUCAUAUACUUAAGCAAGUGGUGUUUCAAUUCACAGCAUUCUCUGAAGAACUGAAUGCAAGGGAGAUACUUUAUUCCUGUUUUGGAUUGAAGACUGAACUGCACAACACUGUAAUGUCAUCCCAGCCACAUCUUCCCAUCCUUCCAUGGAGCGGUUUUUCAGCUUGAAAAACAGAAAGACAUUUGGGAGGGGCAAGACAUUGUUAUUGGAUUUCCUGAAUCCUUUAAUGGCUUUGCAAAUGUGAAAAGAUGUUGGGCAUCAUCUGCUGAUGAAAUAUAUACUGUCUCUUAUUGUUUCAGUACAUCUCUAGGCACCCAAAGAGUUCCUUAAUCUGUUUCUCUGUAUGUUUACAUCUUAUACCUCUCUUUAGGCAUUAGGACAUUACAUUUUGUCUGGAUAAAAUAUUUUAAGAUAAAUUAAAACUGUGAAGACCUUGUCCAAUUGAUAAGAUGGAUUCUGUUUGUAAUAAUGUAUAUGUUGACCUGUGAACUAGGACAGGGCAGGAUCCAAGGAACUAGUUUAGUUUGCUUGGAUAUGA